CUUCGCUUUCCAAUCGAUUCCCCUUUUGCUCCAAUUUUCCACCAUCGUCAUGUUCCUCCACCCUCUUUGACUCUCGUUUCUACUGAAAUUGCGUGGAAUUUGAGUUUUUUGAUUUGAUCAUCUGGUAUUGGGAAUUGGUUGUUGAGAUGAAGAUAGUGGAAUUGGAAGAUGCUGGGACUGAUCGGGAAGAUGAAAUCGGUAGCGGUCAGAUUGUGAAGGUGGAUGCUAAAAGAGCUUUGGUUGGGGCUGGGGCUCGAAUCUUGUUCUACCCUACCCUCUUCUACAACGUGCUUCGAAAUAAAAUGGAAACCGAAUUUAGAUGGUGGGAUGAAGUCGAUCAGUUUCUUCUGCUGGGUGCAGUGCCGUUCCCCAAACACGUGCCGAGAUUGAAGAAGCUCGGUGUUGGCGGCGUGAUCACUCUGAAUGAACCUUAUGAAACAUUAGUUCCAUCUUCCUUGUAUUAUCGCCACGGAAUUGACCACUUACAAAUCCCCACCAGAGAUUACUGUUUUGCUCCUAAAUUUUCUGAUAUUAAACGAGCUGUGGACUUCAUUCACAGAAAUGCAUCGUCUGGUAAAACGACAUACGUCCACUGUAAAGCAGGACGAGGAAGGAGCACGACCAUUGUGCUUUGCUAUUUGGUCAAAUAUAAGCACAUGACCCCGUCUGCCGCCCUGGAAUAUGUGCGCUCGAGAAGACCACGCGUGUUGCUCGCCCCAUCCCAGUGGGAGGCUGUUCAAGAAUACAGCAACCGUCGUCCAGUUACGAGUUCUAGCUCACCCUCAGGUGGAGAUGCGGUGCUCAUUACGAAAGACGAUCUAGAAGGAUAUCAUGGUACGUGCAUCGACGGUGCGGGUAGACAACUUGCAGUUGUCCCUAGGAUGGGUAAGUCAAAGCCAAUGAUAGCAAGGUUGUCCUGCCUCUUUUCCUCUUUGAUAGUUCAUGGCAGUAGUGGAUCUCUCGUUAAGCGUCUGCCCGUGUCGGAGGCUCGUGCUUGUUGAUAACCAACUUACAUCACAGCACACCGCCCGCUCGCUCUUGUUUAGAAGCGUCAUGGAAGUAAGAAACAGAAUCAAACACACGUUGUUCGUCAAAGUACAUAGAACACACGUUGUUCGUCAAAGUACAUAGAACACACGAAACUACAAUUAGGUUGUACAUAACUGGUACGUCCAAAUUUCCCUUCCCUUGAAUUAUCUUAUGAAGAAAACCAUGUGGUUUUUGCUGAUGGAAAAUAUUAAGCUUGUUGGGUAUGGAGUCGAAAGUGGUAUCGACCGAUGUCCUUUGGUUCGAUGGAGUCGAAAAUGUAAGCCACAAUCCAUGUCAAUUGGGUUAAAACUUUGUGAAUGAGUGGAGCCUACUUGACCAACUAUUGUGGUUUGGUAACGCGUCUCUAUCCAAAAUUACUCCUUUAGAUAUCAUUAUUGUACUGGAUAGUUGCAUUUAAAGGUGAUGAAGUUGGUCGAUUGGGUUACUGUUAA